AAACCUAAAAAUCUUUUCCCUCCUUUCUCUGAAUUAUGUUUUGUUUUCCCUCCAAAAUAGAGUGACAACAUUUCAGUAAUUUCUUCUCAAUCCUAUUUUCUCUAUUCCGCGUUUAGUUUGUGUUCAACCCUAGCUCAUCCAUACACUCAAAUCAGGGAUCCCUUCAGCACCCCUUCAGCACCGUUAUCGUAGUUAUCUCGUUGUGCGGUGGCUAACCAGAGACCAGAGAUGCCCUCUUCCUCUCAGCGCUCAUUCUUCCUGCCAUCUUCCUCGAUUAGCUCUCUGGAACUUCCUCAUUGGCUCCUUUCAGAUUUUCUUCUAUCACCAUUGUCACAGAUUUUUUGCCGUCAUCGAAAGUCAGCUGCCCUCUUCUUACCUGUCGCCGUCCAUCCCUCCUCUCGUCUCCCUCGAUUAGCUCUCUGGGAUUUCCUCAUUGGCUCCAUUUUCGCUCCAGCAUCAAUGGCUUUUGAUAUCUUUUUCUAGUAGGAGUUGACUCAUCGUUUGCAUUGGAUUUUCAUCUGGAUACAAGUAAAACAAAUAUAUUAGAUCCAUUAGGUGGUGUUCAAAUUGAAAGAGACAAGAUGGCUGGCCAAUCAAACCAUGAGCUUUCACUGUUUUCAGCAGAGGAGCUUGAGUUCAUUGCUGAGGAUGAGAUCGUGGACAUUGUGCCCAAUCUAAAAAUGGGACCUCUCAAUUUCAUUUGUGGAGAUUUUGGCCCAUUUACGCCUCAGAUUGUUACUCAAGUACCGCUGUGGUUGGCCAUUGCUCUCAAGAAGAGAGGCAAGUGCUCCAUUCGGCCUCCCCAGUGGAUGUCCGUAGAGAAGUUGAGUAAAGUUUUGGAGGAAGAGCGAGACUCUCAAGAGAUGUCAGAUCAAUUGCCAUUUCAUUAUGUGGAAAUCUCAAGACUUCUUUUUGAUCAGGCACGUGAUAACAUUCCCGAUUUAUAUAUGGUGAGAUCCUUAAUAGAAGAUAUAAGAAAUGUAAGGUUUCAUAAAGUUGAAACCAACUUGGAAGAAUUUAAUGGUCGUACAAUUGCUGUUAAGAUAAAAAAUUUGUCUGCAAUGGAAGUGAAUAUUGUUCGUCCAUUUAUUGGAAGAGCUUUACAAGCAUUUUAUACGCAUGAUAGUCCAGAGUUGAUACCAGACCCUGAGAGAGUUUCUGAUAGAAGACCCCAAGCUGUCAACAAUGCUCCCAGAAGACCAUUACGACGAUAGUUAUUAUCUAUCACAUUGGCAAGCUUUAAAGGUGCAUAUGUCGUGAGAUUUGCUUCUCAAUUUGUUCGCAUAAUUAUUUGUUAAGAAUAGGAAAAAACACUUGGGAAUUUACAUGAUUAUGCAAAUGUAUCUGAAUGUAGUUAAUUUUAUUUGUAGAA